GAUUCAAUGUUACGCCACACUAAAAAAGGAUACUAGUACAUGAAUAAUGGUUAUAUAUCCAUUAAUACCUGUACGAAUCAAGUGUCUUUUAUAUCUUUUGUAAUACUAUAACACCAGGAGUUGAAUGUUUGUAGUGUUAAAAAAUCAAAUUGAGGACAAAUACAACAAAAAUUCAGAGGAUUGAAAAUGAUUCAAUCUAAAUGUUGGAAAGUAAAGAAAAUGUUUGAUGGCAUACCCAAAGAUGAUGAUUUAGAAUUAGUGGAUGAAAUUCUGCCAGAUUUGAAAGACGGAGAAAUGUUGAUUGAGGCACUAUAUCUAAGUGUAGAUCCCUACAUGAGAAUAGCUUUGACAGAAUCUCACAUUGGAGGUACCAUGAUUGGAGAACAAAUUUCGAGAGUUGUUGACAGUAGGGAUGAACACUAUCCUGUUGGAACUUUUGUCAGAAACUUCGCAGGGUGGAGACAUAAAACAAUUAUUAAGCACGAAAAUACUCGUAGAAUGCCAGAUCUUGGAGAUUUACCUUUAUCAACUGCUCUUGGAGUUAUGGGCAUGCCUGGAUUGACAGCUUAUUUCGGUUUCUUGGAAAUAUGUAAACCUAAAAAGGGAGAGGUAGUCGUAAUAAAUGGAGCAGCGGGUGCCAUAGGAAGUGUGGUCGGACAGAUUGCUAAGAUUAAGGGCUGUAAAGUCAUUGGCUUCGCUGGAGAUGAUGAGAAAUGUAAAUGGAUGAAAGAUUUAGGAUUUGAUUUUGCUUAUAACUACAAGAAGGUGAUUUUAGACGAUGUUCUGAAGAAAUCAGCUCCAGAUGGCAUUGAUUGUUUCUUUGAUAAUGUUGGUGGUGACUUUUCUGUUACCGUCCUUCAACAUAUGAAUUCAUUAGGGCGAGUUUCAAUAUGUGGAAUCAUUUCAUUAUACAACACCAAUCAAGUGAAUUCAAGACCCAAGGAACAACCAAAAGAUCUUUACCCAAUUUCUAGCACUGUGAUGGAUUCAAAGCAACUCAUUAUAAGUACAUAUGAUGUUAAUAAAAAGUGGUCAGAUGAGCAAUGGAAAGAGGGAGAAAAACAAAUUGCAGAAUGGAUUAGAGAGGGAAAAAUUAGAUAUAGAGAAACUAUAACAGAUGGGAUAGAGAACAUGUACACUGCAUUCCAGGGACUUUUCGUAGGAUCAAACAUUGGAAAAGCUCUUGUAAAAUGUUGAAAAAAUAUAAAAAGCACUAUUAUCUUUAGACGGUGUUUUACACUCCAAAAAUGUAUUAAUAUUAUCAUGUAUAUAGGCUAUAUUAAUGUCGUAUUGACAUUGUUUUGUUUAUGUUGUAUACUCUAUUUAUAUAUGUUUGUUUUAAUUUUAUAUUCCAAAGUGUCUAUUAAAUUGUCAAUACAAAAGAGCACAACACAUUUAAGGAAUGGAAACUAACGAAACAAAACAAUUGUUUUAAUAAUAAAGCCGUUAUGAACUUUAUUUAAACUAUAAAGGGAUUUGAUAUACACGAAGUUUAAAAACAUAUUACAUUCUUUAAUUUUCUACAAAAGGAAAAGCCUAUACCAAGUUAGAAAUAUGACCGUUGUUUUCCAUUCGUGUGAUGUGUUUGAGCUUUUGAUUUUGCCAUUUGAUAAAGCACUGUUAAUUUGGAAUUCUCCUUUGAAAUUGGUAUUUUUGCAAUUUUACAUUUUAAUAUAUUUUACAUUUUAAUAUAUUUCACAUUUCUUUAAGCAUCUUUGUAUGCAUGCUUAUUUAAAUGUACUAAUCAUCGUCCAUAGUCUCAGCUGUUUAUACUGAACACAAGGAGAAAACCCAUUGAAUCUAGUAUCCACCAUGACUCAUUGUAGCUGCGCAGAUAAAUUAUAUAAUACAUACGCUUCAACCACAAUGCAAAACUUGAUUUUUUCUAAUUUUUUGAAACAUUUCUAAUAGGACGGUUUCUCAAACUCUCGUGGUAACGUACUGUAGCAGUUUCAAUAGAAAACAAAAUUCAGUUUGAAUUGAAUUUGUAACUCUAAAUUAUAAUCUAACUUUUGCUUUAGAAUGGUUUAUAUGAGAUGAAUUUAGUCCUUAAAUGAUCAACUGGUAAACAAAUUUGUGCAAAAAUAAGAAGAUCAGUCAAUCUACUUCAUUGACUCAUAGUUUGAAUUUGAAUAAAAUAUAAAUGAUAACAGUUUAGUAAGACUGAAAAUUGCGUAGAAGUGCGUAAAACAUUUAAAUGCAAACAUAUGAUCUGUAAAGUGUCUUUAAUAUAUGAAAAGUGCUCUUUCCCAAAAUUGUAAACGUUCUUAUAAUUACAACUCUUUUUGUGAAGAGUAAGAAUUGACAAAUAGAAAUGUUCAUACAUUUGGUUUCAUUGAAUGAACAAAUAAAUGAAUAGACAUGCUAUGGCAAAAUUAACAACAUAUAUUACAUAAUAUAAAACAUGGUUUGCUAUCAGAUUGCAAUGGUAUAAUCCUAUGACAAAUGUAAAGUUAUGAGAUAUAAUAUUGCAUGCAGAUUUUAAAUACUUACAUAAUUUGUUAUUAAGAUACUUGCUGGAUGUUUAUAGUAUAUACAGUAGGAAGUUUGUGAAUAUUAGGCCAAGAAUAAUAACACUCUGUCAAAACAGUGUUCGAACAGAUCUAUAUACUGAACAAUCAAGAUUAAAAUGGUAUUCAUUUUCGAAAAACACACAUUCAUAAAAUAACAUGAACUCGUCUACUGUCUAGGUCUGAAAUUAUUGAACAGUUGAGUGUAGAAAUAAAUGCCAGUGACAUGUUGUUUAGAUAUACACAUACCAAAUAUGAUUGCAAAUUUUUCUAAAACCAUUCAUAUGGUAAACGUCCAUCAAAGUUCUACAAAGACAUUCUCGGGGCGAUUAAAAGUAAUGUAAUUUAGCUGGUAUAAAAGAUCUAUGUUGUAUUACAUAUUUUACAAAGAAUUUAUGAUUUAGAGAAGAAAACAUUUUUUAAACAAGCCCUAAUCACAAUAUGGACAUUAAUAAAUGCAAUAAGACAUCUUGGUAUUCGAGUAUUGAUGUUGAAAUGAAAAGAUUUGACAUUGAAAAGAUAAAAAAUAUUUUAAUUUAUUAGUAGAUAUAGAAUUUAGUUGAAAAAUACUAUAGACGAUAAAGCAAAUGUUUAAAAAAGGAAAAUUGCGUUCUUUAUUUAAGAUUUAAAACCAUCUUCAAAAGUGAAACAGAUUUAUGUCAAGUAAAUAAAUUUCCGUAUAUUUAAGAAAAAAGCUUUUAAAUUCAAUUUAGAUCAGUGCUCAUCAGUAAGCUAUUGAGAAAGGCCUAUAUAAAGUCGAUAUAGAUAAAUAAAGGCAACCGCUGUUCAAAAUUCACAAAUCGAUAGAGAAAAACAAAUCCGGCUAACAAACCAAAACUGAGGGAAGCGUAUCAAAUAGAAGAGAACUACGACACAACAGAAACACAACAUUAAAAUGUAACACACAUAGAAACGAAAUAUAAUAUAACAAUGGCCAUUUUCCUGACUUGAUACAGGGCUUUUUAAGAAAAAAAAAUGGUGGGUUGAACCUGGUUUUGUGGCAUGUCAACCUCCCGCUUUAAUGAUAAUGUUAAUUAUAACAUUAAAAUGACAACAUUACAUAACAGGACUACAAUACAAAUAAAUGGGAGAAAAUAUAGGACAGAGAAACAAACGAAUAAAUGCCAAAAAAAGGUACCAGGUUAAAAAUUUAAUACGCCAGACGUGCGUUACAUCAACACAUCCCCUCCCUAACAAAGGAUUUGCUGAAUAAUAAAGGCAACAGUAGUGUGCCACUGUUCGAAAUUCAUGAAAGAUAUAUUGGACAAUGCAAAAUGUGCAGGCUGAAAACGAGUUUCAUUUUUUAAAUGGAAUAAAUUGCAUACAAAAAGGAAAGGAUUUUGUUUCUAAAUGAAGCAUGCAUUGAAUAUUAAAACUCAACUCAUAUUUCAAAGUAAAAGUUUAUUUGUUUGAUGUCCAGUGAUCUGAAAAUGUUAAUAUGCCAGUUUAAAGAUAUAUUUGAACGUAUUAUGAAAUAAGAGAAAAUUUGCAUUCCAGAAACUAAAUAUACAUGGAGUAGUGAUGUAGUUUAUAAUUCACAUAUUAGGGUUUAUAUUCUAUUUGAUUUAUUUUUAAACACCAUCUGGUAUGA